UACACAGUUAACUUAAUAAUGAAUGGGGUUCUUAACUCCACAUUUUCGUAAUUUCUACACAAAUAAAAAAGGAAAACCAAAGAAAAAACAAAUGUAACAUGAACACUGUUGACUUCAGUUUAUAUAUACUAAAAAUUUAUGCAUUGUUAUGCUAAAUGAUAGCUGUGUACACAGCAAGUUGAUUGAAUAUUCUAACAUAGCCUAAACAGGUAGGCAUCGAGUCUUGAAACUCUACGAUAACCCGUUGAAUCGUGAAUCACGCUUACUCUUCUGUUUUAAGUUACUAGUAAAUCUUUAGUGCUAUAAAUAUACAACAUCCAUUAAAGGUCCAUCUUAUUCAAACUCCAGAACUCUCUGAUCAAUACAUACAAUGGGGUCUGAAAAUGGCAGCGUCACAAAUACAAACGACGACGAGAACGUGGCGUUGAUCUUCGGCGUCACGGGGCUCGUGGGCCGAGAGAUUGUGAAGACGCUAACAAUGUCGAACAAACCCAAGUGGAGAAUCUACGGCGUUGCACGAAAUCCCGAGAUCAGUUCCAUGACGAAGAUGUACAGUUUCAUCUCAUGCGAUCUGCUUAACGCAUCUGAGACCAAACAGAAACUGUCUCCAUUACAAGACAUCGUGAGUCACGUGUUUUGGGUCACGUGGUCCGGCGAGUAUCCACUGGACAGCGACGAGUGCUGCGACCAGAACAGAACGAUGCUGGCAAACGCCUUGGACGCGAUUCUCCCAAACGCCACGAGGUUAAAGCAUUUCUCGCUCCAAACGGGGAUGAAGCAUUACGUGUCUCUCGUCGGAGAGACUCUGUCUCGUGGUGGAGAAGGUUCAAGUGUGUGUUAUUACAGCGAGGAGUGUCCGAGGAAGAGCUCGGGGAAGAAUUUCUAUUACGUUUUGGAGGAUCUUCUGAAGGAGAAGAUCUCUGGAGAUUCAGUUGUUUGGUCGGUUCAACGACCCGGUUUGCUAAUGGGAAGCUCUACAAGGACUCUGUACAACUUCAUGGGAAGUCUUUGUGUUUAUGGAGCCAUGUGUAAGUAUUUGAAUCUUCCUUUUGUGUUUGGAGGGACAAGAGAAUGCUGGGAGGAGUGUUACAUUGAUGGGUCUGAUUCAAAUUUAGUCGCGGAACAGCAUAUUUUCGCUGCGACUAGUGGGAGAGUACGUGAAAAUGGUGAAGCCUUUAACGCCAUAAACGGGGUAGGGUUCACGUGGAAAGAGAUUUGGCCUGAAAUCGGGAGGAAACUUGGGGUGCAAGUCAACGAAACGACGAUGUUUGAUGAGGGUUUCUGGUUUGAGAGAGAGAUGGGUGAGAGAAAGCAUGUGUGGGAUGAGAUUCUGGUGAAGGAGAAGCUUGUCCAGACAAAGAUUGAGGAUUUGGCCAAUUGGGUUUUCAUGGAUGUGCUAUUUAGAUGUCCUUUCAAGCUGCUUGGAAGCAGAGAUAAAGUUGAUAAGUUUGGGUUUAAGAGGAAAUAUAGAACCCUGGAUUCAAUUUUGUAUUGGAUUGAUGUGAUGAGAGAAGAAAAGCUCAUUCCUUUGUAAGACAAAGUGGUUUGUAUUUGGUGCUUUAGGAACAUUUGUUUCCAAAAAAUUAGAUUUGAUUAGCAGUGUAAAUCAUGGUAUGUAUUUGAUCUUUAAUCUUCCCUAAGUCUUGUUUGUAUUAGCAACAUAUGUACUAUAUAUGUAAUGUGUGAGUUUUUAAAUGAAUUGUCCACAAACCCUUCUGAGCGCUAAAUCACUUAACCAAAAAUCAUAAUUGGUUGGAAUUAUUUCAAAUGUGAAAGCAUUCACAUAUAUAAGAAGAGUGAAGUAGUGGGAAGACUAUACUUCAAACAACAACGCAUUCACAUUAUAUAAAAAGAGGGAAGUAGCUGGAAUCAGUUUGUUUGUAUAUAUGUUUUUAAACUAAAUGUAUAUAUGUUUUUAUAUAUCAGUUUGCCUUUUCCUUUGUUUUGCUACAUAAACAAUACGGUAUCAGUUUUGCUAUGUUCGUUUGAAGGUCGGGCAGCAACGAGCGACAUUUCAAAUAUCGUUACUAUUGUUUGUUUUAAUGUUUGGAAUCGAUAGAGAUAUGUUGUUCGGCUAGUAAUUGAGACUAUUAAUAAUUUCUUUUUAUCAUUCAAAUAUCAGCGACUAACAGUUUGAUCGAUGAUCGCUGCGAUAAGUA